AUGGUCCACGUGACUAAAACACUUCUCUUUGGUUACCUGCAAUGCGCGAUUACUAUCAACAUCCUGACAGCUGUUUAUCACGUCACCUACUACACGCGUUUCAUCAUGGACAAUGCUGCUAUCACACCCGGCAAACCAGAUGUUACAUACGAUGAAGACGAUGGUUACUCAACAACACAACCCCAUUCCUCCUCCCCCGGAAAGACCGCUGCUUUCAAACAUGUUGAAAGCGACGAAGAUUAUAUUGACAAUGUUUCUGAUGUGAACAGCACUGAAAGUGACGAUGACGAGGCGACGAUUGUUACGGCCGAAAGUGAAACUCAUAAAAACGCGCCUUUGAUUAAGGGCUCUUAUGACGUCUGUAAGAUCACUUGGAAGGAUACUCAUGGGGGACGGAAACGAGUGAAAGAAGUUCAACAGACCUACCUCAAUGUAUACGUGAACACCUCAGCCAAUACAGCAAUGUUCUCGCUUUCUACAUACGUUACCCUCAAAGGCAGCAGGCGCAAAAGCAAUAAGCAACGCAUCUAUUUGCUCAUGCCUCCCGAGCGGAUUCACGCCAUAACUGUGUUCUCUAAUAGGCGAUCCACUGUGUCGGGCUUCCCCAUUUCUAAUAAUCAUGCACUGCAUUUCUCCUUGACACAAGGGCCUGAUUGUGUCGGUCCUGAAGAUCGCCAUAUAGCUUCCAAACGUACAACACAAGAGCAGCUGGCUUUCAUGCAACAUCUUUCCAUGGCUACCCAGCUUACUUUUUAUCUUGCCAGUUCUGAUACUGUCACACGAGGACGGCAAGACUUUGAGCGACUUGCGACCAUAUUUUCCCUCAAGAAUACCAAAAAUCGACCACGCAAGGAUAAAAAGGUUGGGAAUCUCGCCACGCUGUAUGCUGGUAAGGGAGGCAAGGUCAUUAGUGAGAAUGAUGAUGUUGUGCAUGCUGGAGCAAGCCCACCAAGCCCACCACCAUAUACCAGCGCCGUUCUCCGUUCUCCAUUGGCACGUUCAAAAAAACGCAGACUCGACCCCAGCGAACGCCCCGAACUCGAUAUUAAUGAUGAGAGCCCUCUAAUGCUAAUGUCUUUACUUCGUGGCAUUCAUACUCGCCUUGAUGAUAUCGAAAAACAAUUCAAAACUCGCCUUGAUGAUAUUGAAAACCAAUCCAACACUCGCCAUAAUGAUCUAAAAAACCAACUGGAAACUCGCCUUGAUGGCAUUGAAAAUCAAUUGGAAGCUCGCUUGAACUCGUUACAGGAGUCUAUUGGACAGAUCAAAAAUACAGAGGAGAACCCAGGUACUGUUUAUACCCCGUGUCGGUAUGAUUCAACAGAGAGGGACUUUCUUCUGCAAGCGGUAGAUGAAAGGUAUGAAGAGCAUUUUGACGCGUUUCAGGUAAAGUCUUACGAGGCAAAUGAGGACCUGGAAAAAGAACGUGAUGAUGGGGUAACUGCAAUUAGAGAAGAGGUUAAAGAGGCUACAUCGGAUCUUCACGACACAGUAGCGUCUUUUCGGGAGGUGUUGCAAAAUGCAAGCGAUGCUCUUAAACAAUUUUCCUAA